AUGAAACUCAACGUCAACUUCAUCAUCCUCUUCUCCAUAACCCUUGCCCUAUGCUUUGCAAUAUGCAAAGCGCAUGACUCACCCACCGACGAAGAGCCUCAGUCCGAACCACCACCGACGGAGUCUACAGAGGACCAGGCAACGGGGGCCCCAGAAUCGGAGGGCCCGGCAUCGACUGACCCCGAUUCGGCAGAUCCGGCAUCGGAGGAACCGUUAGUGGACCCGACAUCGGCUAACCCGACAUUCAUAGACCCGUCGUUGGCUGACCCCCCAACAGAUGACCAAGCAUCGGCGGACGCGCCAUCUGAGGAACCGAUGACGGAACUCUCCUUGGACCCGAUAAGAGAUAGCCCUGCAAUGAAGGACCCGGAGGAACUGUAUGGGGACUUGAAAUCUGCUAACCCGGAAUCGGCGGACCCGCCAUCAGAGGACCCGGAAUCGGCGGACCCGCCAUCGGAGGACCCGGCAUCAGAGGGACCGGCGUCGGAGGACACAUCAUUCGCAGACGCGCCAACUGCGGAGUCGCCAUUCUCGAACACCUUCGAGGAAGGCUUCUUUGGCGGGCGUGGCGGCGUGCAACUCCGCAAAGCGUUUACCUCGUUCUUAGGCGAAAUCCGGGUGGGAUCGUUGCGCGGGAGCAAGUCGAUUACGAUGCUCAGCCGCCACGACCGUGACUCUGUGAAGGAAAUCUGCUCCCGCACGGACUACCCCGACGACUGCCUCUCCACCGUGGUGCCCUUCCUGGGCAACAACUUCGAUCUCAUGAGCGUCCUGGAAGCCGCCAUCAAGGCCUGCUCCUUCCAGACCAACUUCACCAUGUCCAUUGUCGAGAAACACAUGAAAUCCUCAUCGGAGAUGGCCACCGCCCUCACUAACUGCAAGGAGCAGUAUACCAACGCCCUCCAGAGCCUGCAGCAGGCCUUGACUGCCCUCACCUCUCACGACCUCGGCACCGUCACCGUCAUGCUGAGCUCCGUGAUGGCGGAUGUCUCCACCUGCGAGAGCGGCUUCGAGGACCUCAAGUUGGCUACGGGUCGUGCUGAAGGCAUGGUCAGCAUGACGGUCAGCAACUGUCUCUCCAUUGCUUCCAUGAUUCCCUCUUAG